AUGAGCUUGAAAAUAUUCCUACCCUUUUUCCAAACGCCACCCCUUAACUUUAUGCUCAAAUCUAGAAAGCACAGUUACUUCCAGCGCCUCCUGCCUGAAUCCUAACGGCCGGCCUCUGCUACAAAUCGAAAGCUCAAAGCUCCAAUAUUGAACCGGCAACAAUCCAGUUCCCAUCUUAUUAACACUACUGAGAUUUCACAGCGACCUCUUUUGCGUUUUCUACAUUCUUUCCAAGUGCAGAAUGGCUUCAUUGGCUGCUUCGCGUCUCCGUCUGGUAUCUUCAUCUUCGACUCGUCUUCAUCACCAACCUGGCUUUCCUCCUCACCGACCAGCAAGCCUCUCAUUCUCAUCCUUUUCCACUUCUAUGCCAGGGUUUGGGACUGGCGUUGCCCUUGAGAGGCAGAAGCAACGCUCUUCGUUUGUGGAAACGGCGGCGGUUAGGCAUUUGGUUGGAUCCCUCACCAGAGCUGAGGGACUUCGCUUUGCUGUGGUUGUAGCACGGUUUAAUGAGAUUGUGACAAAGCAGCUUUUGGAAGGAGCUUUGGAAACUUUCAAGAGAUAUUCAGUCAAAGAAGAGGAUAUUGAUGUGGUGUGGGUUCCUGGCAGUUUUGAAAUAGGCCUUGUUGCUGAAAGGCUUGGGAAGUCACGAAAUUAUCAUGCAAUUCUAUGUAUUGGAGCUGUGAUAAGGGGUGAUACUACCCACUAUGAUGCGGUUGCCAAUUCAGCAGCAUCUGGAGUACUUUCAGCUGGUAUAAAUUCAGGAGUUCCAUGCAUAUUUGGCGUUCUAACUUGUGAUGACAUGGAGCAGGCUUUAAAUCGAGCUGGUGGCAAGUCUGGGAAUAAGGGUGCCGAGGGUGCUCUAACAGCUAUUGAGAUGGCAUCCCUGUUUGAGCACCAUUUGAACUAGUAAUACUGUUGCUAUUCCUUUUUUUCCUGAGACUGUUCAUGUAGACAUCCUUUGAACUGUUCAACUAUUGUUGGAUUGAGAGUUUGAUGUAACAUUGAAAAGGUAUCCUCAAUAUUCCGAGUUGUGUUUUGCUAGUAGUUGGAUCGCUUUGGCUUUUGCUUACACAUUAAAUAAGAAUUAUGUGGCUGUUAAUCACUUAA